AAGGAAGAAAGGCGGCUUGCGUCUGCUGUGGAAGAAGGAAAUACCAAACUCAGGGAAGUCAUUCCCGUCUGUCAAGUUGACAACAUCUCCAGCGCCACAAUAGAAGAGAAGUUCAAACUAAAGGUUUGGAGCUGAUGCAGGAUGCAGUCCUACUUCGCGCUGCUGCUGGGGAUUAUGGCCUCUGCUGCUUUAGCGGAACGGAGGCGUCCAGUGAUCAAGUUCAACUCUGAGGUGAUAGAGAGUUCUGAGGUGGUGGUCAGACCUGGGUCCCCUCUGGAUCUGAAGUGUGAGGGUGACGGGCCUGUAAACUGGCAAACCAGGCUAGCCAAGCACAGGCGCUACGUGUCCAGGGACAAUGGGAAAACCUGCACCUUAAAGGCGGAGCGUCCCACUGCUGAAUUCACUGGAACAUACAAGUGUUUUUACACUGAUGGGUCUCAGCAUGGUGACCUGACCUCCUCAGUGCAUGUGUACGUAAAAGAUUCAAACCGUGUGUUCUGGACCAGCAGUACAUCGCUGCGUGUUGUGGAGAAAGAGGGUGCGGACUACCUGCUGCCAUGCCUGCUGACCGACCCAGCAGCCACAGACCUUGGCCUCCGCAUGGACAACGGCACCACCGUACCACCGGGGAUGAACUUCACAGUUGAUCGACACCAGGGUAUUCUCAUCCACAGCCUCCGCCCCAGCUUCAAUGCUGACUAUGUCUGCACAGCCAAGCUCGACGGAGUGGAGCGGACCUCCAAGGCCUUUUCCAUCAACGUCAUUCAGAAGCUUCGUUUCCCUCCAUAUGUCUUCUUGGAGACAAAUGAAUAUGUGCGCAUCGUUGGGGAGGAACUCAAGGUUCCCUGCUCCACACACAACCCCAACUUUAACUACAAUGUCACCUGGAAAUAUACCACCAAGUCGAAACCAAGCAUCGAUGAGAAGGUUCGCUCCAGUGGAGAAAAUCGCCUGGACAUAAAGAGCAUCCUGACCAUCCCUGCUGUGGACCUUGCAGACACAGGGAACAUCUCCUGCAUUGGUACAAAUGAAGCAGGGGUAAACAGUUCCUCUACAUACCUGCUGGUUGUGGAUAAGCCGUACAUCAGACUGUUGCCCCAGCUGUCGCCUAAACUGGCACACCAGCAUCUCUUGGUUGAGGUGAAUGAGGGAGAAGAUCUGGAGCUCAGUGUGCUCAUUGAAGCGUACCCCCGCAUUACAGAGCACAGAUGGCACACGCCAACAUCUCCUAAGUCAUCAACACAGGAGUACAAGUUCAUCCAAUACAACAACAGAUACCAUGCUAGUCUGCAGGUGAAGAGAAUGAAUGCACAGGAGCAGGGCCUGUACACCCUCUACACCAGGAAUGAACUGACAAAUGCAUCCAUCGCUUUUCAAGUCCAAAUGUAUCAAAGACCUGUUGCUGUGAUGAAAUGGGAAAAUGUCACCACACUGACGUGCACAUCAUAUGGCUAUCCUGCUCCCAAAAUCAAGUGGUUCCAGUGUUUUGGGAUACGACCUACGUGCAAUGAAAACACCACAGGGCUACACAUGGCGAUCCCUCUCCAGGCUCCCACAGUGGAGGUCCAGAGGGAUGAGUGGGGGGCUGUUGGGGUGGAGAGCGUCCUUACUGUGGGGCCAUCUAGCCAGAGGAUGACGGUGGAGUGUGUGGCCUUCAACCAUGCCGGUGUCAGCAGCGACACUCUCGCCAUGGAGGUUUCUGAUGUGCUCUUCAUUUCCAUUCUGAUUGGAGCAGCAGGAGUUCUGGCCUUCCUCCUUUUGCUACUGGUUUUCCUGUUUUACAAAUAUAAGCAGAAACCAAGAUAUGAGAUUCGUUGGAAGAUCAUUGAGGCGAGCGAUGGAAACAACUAUACAUUCAUUGAUCCCACUCAGAUGCCUUACAAUCAGAAGUGGGAGUUCCCGAGAGACAAACUGAAGCUAGGGAAGAUCUUGGGUGCAGGAGCCUUUGGAAAAGUUGUUGAGGCCACAGCCUAUGGCCUGGGAAAAGAAGACAAUGUGAUGCGUGUGGCUGUGAAAAUGUUAAAAGCCAGUGCCCAUUCAGAUGAGAAAGAGGCUCUGAUCUCUGAACUGAAGAUCCUGAGCCACCUGGGACAGCACAAGAACAUUGUCAAUCUUCUGGGAGCCUGCACCUACGGGGGACCAGUGCUUGUGAUCACAGAAUACUGCAGCCUCGGCGACCUCCUCAACUUCCUUCGUCAGGCAGAGACGUGUCUGAAUUUUAUUACGAGCAUCCCCGACAUCAUGGAGUUCUCGAAUGACUACAAGAACAUCUGCAAUCAAAAAAUGUUCAUCAGAAGUGAUAGUGGGAUCUCCAGUACGUCGUCCAGCAGUUACUUGGAGAUGAGACCCAGCCAGGAGACGAAUAUGGAAUCGUUUCGAGACUCUGUGUGUGAGGAGACUGGUGACUUGCCGCUGGAUAUCAAUGACUUGCUGAGAUUUUCCUUUCAAGUGGCUCAGGGCCUUGACUUUUUGGCCUCCAAAAAUUGUAUUCACAGAGACGUGGCUGCUAGGAAUGUCCUGUUGACUGACCGCAGAGAGGCCAAGAUUUGUGACUUUGGCCUAGCGCGUGACAUCAUGAAUGACUCCAGCUAUGUGGUGAAAGGCAAUGCUCGUCUGCCAGUGAAGUGGAUGGCUCCAGAGAGCAUCUUUGACUGUGUCUACACUGUCCAGAGUGAUGUGUGGUCCUAUGGCAUCCUCCUAUGGGAGAUCUUCUCUUUAGGCAAGAGCCCCUACCCCAGCAUAGCUGUGGACUCCAGAUUCUACAAGAUGGUGAAACAUGGCUACCAGAUGUCCCAACCUGACUUUGCCCCACUGGAGAUCUACAUGAUCAUGAAGAUGUGCUGGAAUCUGGAACCUACACAGCGUCCAACAUUCAGCAAGAUCAGUCAGAUGAUAGAAAGACUACUUGGGGACCAACCUGAACAGCAGCAGCUAAUCUACCAGAAUAUGCAGCAGCAGUUUACAGAGGAGGACGUGUGUGAUGAGACCAAGUGCUGCAUCGGCCCCUCUGACCAGUUUUGUGACCAUGAGGAAGAGGAGCAGCCUCUGAUGAAGACCAACAACUACCAGUUUUGUUGAAGGGCUUAACCACCAAUCAGUUGGUAAAUCAGUCAGUCAUCAACAAGCAUCAGGAGGGUGGAGUGAGCAGUUUGCAGCCAAAGCUUGUUCCAACCUGCUGGACAGUUGCAGAGAGUCACCUUCAUGGCUAAUUUUUCCUUGUUGUGCCUGAGCGCCAGUCAUACGGGCAGCUGUAGCGAGCAUGUGACGUGUUUCUUUGGAGACCGUGACUAGAACUGAUCGCAGAUAAGAAAGGAAGAAACAUGUCAAAACCACACAAGCAUUCGAAACGCUAUCUCACCCCACACAUUGCUCCUUCACAAACUGUUUAUCACUCCUUCGUUUAUGUAUUUGAGGUAUAAUCUGUUACAGCGUAUGCACAGGAGACAUAAUCAGUUUGUUCUUUCUUGUGAGAGUCUUCAUUUUUAUUACUACUUUUUAAUUACUUGUUUGUUUGAGUGUCUUGUUUGUGUGAAGAUUUCGGUCACAUUUGUCAGCAGGAUCACUUCCUUUUCAUCAGUUUAUUGCGUGUGUUUUUGCAGAGGAAGCAACCCGACAGUCAGAAACACUGGAUACAAAACCACAACUUUGUGAAGUAGAACUAAGUUUUAGUCUCUGAUCACUUCAAUUUAAAAUCUAAACAGUGUGAAUGUUUCCUCGCCCUCUUUUGUAACAUACUUUCAGUAGCUGUGACCUAGUGACAACAUGUGAUUGUUCCGCUUCAAACUGAUUAACCAGUGCUCAAUGUGAUUUUGGAGCAGGGAAAUCUGUGGAUCUAUGAUGGAUCAGAUGAACAAAGUUUCAUGUUUGACAAUGUGAAAGUGUUUUUGUGUGUGUGUGUGUGUGUGUGUGUGUGUGUGUGCGUGUG